GCACUGAUGCAUGACUUUCCUCUAUACGCAGUAGCUUUUCUUUUUGUGACAGGGUAACCUGAUUCCCAAGGCAACUGUUGCCACCGCAAAACUCUCAGUGAACGCAGAGGCAUGUCACGGUUUAAUCUGUAACAAGCACAUCUACAGUCAUUUGCUAUAUUUAUGUUGUGAGUCGUGUUAUGAUUUAUUGCCAAUAGAGCUUUAAGAAGCUAAUUGAAUAGUGUAGGAUUUGACUCUGGCAGGCUUUCACAAAGACUGGAUUUCUACAGCGCAAGAAGAAACAGCUUGAACUACAAAAUGAAGCUACCAGCCAUCCCCCUAGGUCCCACACAAGUGUAUGUUCCUCUCAACACGCCUCCAGUUCAGCAGAGUCACUGCCUGGUGGUGCCUCCCAGGACAUUCCCCAUCAUCUCUGACUCUGCUCGGCUAUGGAUGAGCACUCAGGCUAUUCCAAGACUGAACCCUUUACAUCCCCCUAUGGUCCUUAAGCGCACUGUGAGUCUGGAGACACCAGCUGUUCAUCACCACAACCAGCAGAGGACACUUAUCCUGCAGAGAAGAGAGCAUUACAGGUAUCAUCAAGUGUGGAGAAAACCUUUUUAUGGAAGCAGCACUGAGAGAGAAGAGUACAGGAAGGAGCUGCGUGAGCACUUAAAGAAGCAGAUAGAGGAAAAAUAUGCAUCACUGAAGCUGCAGCUGAGCGGAAAAGUGAAGGAAGCAGAGUAUGUUCGUGAGGUGGACCGCCUCGCCCUGUCCAGUGAAAGAGAGCAAAAGAUGGAGCACAGAAUAGCCAUGACUGCAUACAGAGAUGAGAACAAGAGGCUAAUGGAGCAGAGAUGGAGGGACAGAGCACUCACACGCUCCCAGGAGGCCAUGAGGGAGCGAGAGCUUCUGUGUCUUAACCCCAUUAACUGGAGUGGAACCCUGAAAUAGGCUGUGAACUUCUACAUCUCUCUGCAGCACUUGGGCAUGUAUUAAGUGUUAUAUGAAAUGGUAUGCAAUAUAUGCAAUUAUCAAAGAAAUCAGUGAUGAAAUAGUCAUUGAAGGAAGUGAAGUGGACUCUUUCAAGGAUUUUUGAAACUUAGAAUGAUCAAAUAAUGUAAGAUCAGAUUAGAAUUCUCAUUUCAAUCAUGCUUGAUAUAUAUAUUGCAAUGCAGAGGAGCUAAUGUCUCAUUUUUUUCCCAUGCAUUCUUCCUCUUUGUCAAAACCUGGUGCCUGUAUUGCCUACAAUUCAACUUCAGACAAAUUCAUUCGCAGUUCAAAUUGCUCUUAGAAGGUAAAAAAUGUUUAAGGAAAUAAUGAACAUUAUUCUGAAAGAAAUAAAACAAUAAAAAGAAAGAUAAAUGAUUAAGAAAAUAUGAACUAUACAAACAUUAACAAAUAUAUGAAAACCCCCUAGGGAUAAUGUUCUUGUGUUUCAAAUACUUAGGCCAGACGUGGCUAUCGAAUAGGCUGGGUGGAUCUUGCACCGUGUAGUUCCUAGAGCACCUCCUCUUUUUGCAUUCUUCAUACGGGAUAGAAAUAAAGUAGCAUUGCUUCAGGACAAUAGAGGUUCGUAGGUGUGAAGCAGAAAGCCCUCCACAAGAUAAAGUAUUAACAAAAUGGGAUAGCUAUGCAGAUAGAAAUAGAAAUAGGGAAAAUUGUAAUUUAAAUAAUAAUUGCAAUAAGCAAGUUAACAUAUAACCAUAGAAUUAAGAACAUAAAAGUACUACAUCAAAGCCAAACUGAAUAAAUUAGGUCUUGAAUUGCAUCUAAAAAUCUCCGUUUCUUGAUCAUCCUAUUUCCUCUGGAAGUCUGUUCCAGUCUCAGAGCAUCACCAGAUGUUUUCGUUCUGCUCUGUGGAACAGGUCAAAGAGAUGAGCCAGAGCAUCUGAGAGCUGUCCUGGUUCAUAAACUGAAACUGUCUUUGAAAGGUUGUCUGGUGAAAGGCCAUCCUGAGCUUUAUUAACUGAUAAGAGAAAUUUAAAACAAAGACCGAAACUAUCAGGAAACCUGAGUCAGGACAUGAAAAUGGGUGUAAUUUUUGCUUUCUUUUAGUUUUUAUCUGCACACAUGCUGCUGAUCUUUUUUUUUGUUUGGUCUCCCAGAAAGAAGUCUGCUAGAUAUAAAAGUGUGUGUUGUCUCUGUUUUUGAUUCACGGAGAAAAAUGACCUUACUUUGGGGAUGUUGUCCAAAUGAUAAAGGCUAUUUUUGUGACACAUGGUGCAUGAGCCUUAAAACUAUCUCCCAAAUCAAAGAUCCCCAAAAGAAAUUGUGCAAUUAGUUUUGGGGUGAGUCUUCUUUGUGUAAUUUGGUGGUCAGUUUCUUUCUGCUCCUUUAAAUCAUUAAUUAAGCUUCUGUUUUGCAAAAUUUUUAGCAUCCAGUCUUUUAUAUUUAACAUAUAGAGAAUUUGAGUGAGUCAUCUUGGCAUCUGUAGACAUUGCCACAUACAUCAUAUGCCUAUUAAAAAACAAGAAUAAUGCGGCAAUACAAUUUUAAUGUCUUUCUCUUUAAGUAUACUCCCCCUCAGCAUC